CAUGAAUCCGAUUAGCGACGUUUGCCGAACAGAAGGAAGUGGACACAGGUAGAAAAUGUCUCAAGAACAGUGUUUCGAUGGCUUUUCUAUCUAUCUACAGGACAUCUAGUUCAUCCUGUAAAAAUCCGGUUUGGAAGAAAGUACCUGCUAAUUGAUUUAUUUCCAAUGGGAAUGGCAUCACACCUGUAAUCCAGCAAACUUCUUGAAGGUUUUCCCCUGAAUUAUCGGAAAUAUCUCGUAAAGACAAAGUCAUGCUUGUUAUACCAGUCUACCCUCUUGUCCUGGUUGGUAUCAUUGUUGUGGCGCUAUUUUCGUUUGCAAUUUGGUUAAUGUGCUAUGAAUCAGUCGUCAAUAGAAAGUUGAUAUCGGCAGCAGCUACCUCAAAUAGCUCUUCCCCAAAUGGCAUUUCUUCUAGAACGCAACGCCUUAUAAGGGGUGGAACACGACAGCAAACAACCAGCACGGUUUCAACUAGUAACGCUGGUUUACGGGCCAGUGCUGUAGCUCCCCACAACAAUAGAACUGUGCACGGUGACCUCACGUCUACUAACGCUGGUUUACGGGCCAGUGCUAGGAAUCUCUACACUAAUAGACCUGUACACGGUGACGUCACGUCUACUAACGCUGGUUUACGGGCUAGUGCUGGGACUCCCUACAACAAUAGAACUAUACACAGUGACGUCACGUCUACUAACGCUGGUUUACGGGCUAGUGCUGGGACUCCCUACAACAACAGAACUGUACACAGUGACGUCACGUCUACUAAUGCUGGUGUACGGAACACUCUUGGGACUCCCUAUAACACUAGAACUGUGCGCGGUGACGUCACGUCUACUUACGCUAAUUUACAUAAUCUCACGGAUAGGAACACCAGAGCUACGCCAGUUAGGUCGACACAACGGAAUCAUGACACUGGCGAAGACAUGUCGAGUAAUCCAUUGAUAGGACAAAAUAACUUAGCCUUUGAGAGAGACGAACAACGCCAGGUUCAGGGAGGAGGAGUACUUGGUCUACCCAGUUAUAGUGAGGCGGUAAAUUCAAGGACAGAUCCAGAUUUUGAUGCCCCUCCAAGAUACGAGGAUUUAAUGGAUCCGCCUAAUACAUCGAAGUAGGAUUUAUUUACAUCAGCGGGGAAGACACAAGGAUUUGAUUGGUCUCUCUGUUUCGUUUCCUGCAAUCUUUGUUCAUGUUCAAACCUUCUACGUUUAGCUGCACAGACGAACCACAGAUAAUUUGAAUAUUGCAUUAACAUGGUCUAUUUUCAGGAACAUAAAUGUCAAUUAAAUUGCACUGUUUAUUGUUGCAGGACGCCAUACAUUUAUUUCAGAAGUAAAAAAGUUCCGUUGUAAAUGCUCAUUCAAUUAUCAAGAUUUAGUAUAUUUGUCUUUCAAUCAAUCCCCUUAAUAUCAUAGCAAUUCAAUAACUCUAAGAAAUGUUUAUAACAAUUAACCUUCUUAAACCUUGAGGGCGAGAGCUAGGGGUAUACUAGAAUCAGGGUAUCUGAGAGUUUGUCAAAUCGGGGUUGUUUGCACUAAUUCUCUUAAGGAUCUUCUCUUGUGAAAAGUCAACAUUUUCUUAUGACUAACAGGUUAAUAAACCAUAACUUAUUUUACAGAGGAGAAAAUGAGAAAAAAAAUUAUAGUUGAAAGUUUUUUGUAGUCGGUCUAACAAACGAAUUUUACAUAGUAUGUGUUUUCGUUUACCUUUUUGUUUGUUUUCUUUGUUUGUUCAUAGAUAUUUGCACAAUUGAUAUUUGUGGUAUUUUUAUCUAAAAUGUGGAAGACAUUUAAAAAAAUAUAUUUUGAUUUCAGAAAAGCGAUUAAGGUUACC